AUGUCGAAGAACCCGAAGCUUGCCUACGAGGCGAACGAGCCUGCUUUUCUUCAAAAGCUACGAGGCCAGUACGGAAACAACAACGGUCGCCUCGAGCGACCCGCUGCGCGACCCCGCAAGCUCAAGGAUAGCAAGGAUGAGGAUGACGACGAGCCGGUCUACGUUGACGAAGAGAGCAACGAGGUCAUCUCUAAGGAGGAAUACAAAGCCUUGGUUAAGAGCGAUGAGCCGAACCAAAAUGGAGACGAGUCCACCAAUGACCAGACGACGGCCGACGGCGAGAAGCCAACGCCCAAGGCCGAGUCCGAACACCGCAAACAGACAAAUCUGACGGAGGUCGGUGGCCAGAAGAAGCGAAAGCAGGCCAAGGUCGUUGGCGAGGACCAGCCGCCUCCCGAGGAGCAGCAGGAAAAACCCAAGACCCCAGUUUCGAAGAAGCCGGAGAAGGCGAAGAAGGCGAAGAAGAUCAAGCUUUCUUUUGACGAGGAAUGA